UUAUGAGUCUUUUCGAUACCAGUCUCGUCUUAACGGUCGCUCGAGAACCUCGAGAUUAUAUGUGAAAAUCACCAAUUAUUCGACGGUUGUCUGUAGCUUCGAAAAUUUUAACGAAAAUGAGUAAAAUUUCUGAGAUUAUUCGCAAAAAAUAAUUGCUUCCUUCGAACUUGAGAUUUUUCAAGAGUAACGUGACAUUUUGUAAAUUGAUUUUGUGAAAUUACUAUUCUUUUUAUAAAUAAAGAUCUUAUUACUAAAUUAAUUGAUAGGCUUAUGUUAAGAAGAAGAUAAGCAUAGAAGAUUUGUGAUUUUUUUAUAUAGUGUACAUUUGUAAAAAGAGGUGAAAUUUAUUUUGGACUAAUAAAAAAAAUAUCUCAUCAUGAAGAUAUUAUUCAGUUUGACAGUGAUUUUGAUUCUUCGACAAGCCAUUGCCGGAAUCGUUAGGAAACCGCCGGCAUUUUCAACACCAAUAUACUCGAAUUCGUAUCUCCCUGCUGCCCUGCAAGUCACUUUUCACGCGGUUGAACAAUUGAAAUUACUCCAAACGGAAGAAAUAUCGCAAGAAUCGUUAACUAAAUCGCCGACAACUCAAUCAAUGGUCUAUCAACAACCGCAAUCGACGACACUCGCGGGAACUUCCAUGAUUACAACUGCUACAACCACAAAAGUACCUAAUGACAAAACAGAAACUCUGGAGAUGUUAGCCUCAAUUCCGAUAAGUCAAACAUCGAGUCAAGGAUCAUCCAAGAUUUACGAUGAUUUUACAGAAGUCACUCAACAUGCGGAAACUUCGAUUUCAAGUGGUUUGAUUGACCAUGAAGAGUCACCUGAAGUAAACGAAGAGAUGGCUGAAAUAAAUUAUGAAUUAUCGGCCACACCGGAAACAAAUUACGAAUUACCGGAACUCGUGCAGGAGGAGACUCCAGAAUCGAAUCAGGAGUUCCCAGAGAAAAGUGAAGAAUUCUCAAUCACUGAAAAUUCGUUCAGCAAAACAUCUAAGGAUGAAAUUUUGCAGCACGACGAUGUAUCGCAACAGCAAUCGAUACAAAUUUCUUCUGUCACAAAAGCUAUGGAUAGUCAGAAAAAGAAAGAUCCGACCGUUGAUAGUGUUGUAGACGAAAUUUACGGAAUCGUAAAAACGAGCACUUCUCCAUUCAGCGAGGAAUCGGAUAUUAUCGACGAAUCAAAAAGUGCGACGGGAAUUUUGAUCGAGAAAAUGACCGAGACUAUUGAGGAUGAAGAAGAAGAAACGAGGUUCACUUUGUUGGGCGAGAAAGUGUCUCAAGUGCCACGGCCAAGUUUGAACAGCUACUUAAAACGUGCCAAAGUGCCAGCCAGACCGGCUCUUCAACAACUGGCGAAUCUCUACGAUGCUCUCAGCAAGGAUGCGCGAAAGCAAGGAUUCGCGCGUUUUGCUGGUUAUUCGGACGAAGUUUUGAAAACUCUCCAUUCAUCAGCCGAGGGUGGUGUCGGACCACAGUUGAAGAAGUUGCUAGAAAAAGUAGUAGAGCGGAAUGAGCUCACUAGAGAUGACGCAAAGAUAAAGACAUCGCAAGCUCUAUGUGAUCUCGAUGAUCCUGCCAGCGCGCUUAACAAAGAUUUGAGACGUCUGUUACCUUUACGUUAUACACCUUGAUUUCUUGACGGAAGGCAUUCUUAAAUCUUAUCUCAUCUCCUAAAUCUUUGAGAAACAAAGACACAAAAAAUUUUCUUUCAACGUAAUUUAUUUUGUUUAUAAAGAAAUACUCGUAGUUCUUAUAUUUUUUACAUCUUUACGUAUUAUUAAAAGAAAUUAUAAUAAUGCUUCUUUAGGCUUCAAAAGCCUCCUUUCAGCAAUUCAAAAGAUACA